CGUGCAAUAAACAGUUUUACUCAUUUUGCAAUUAGCUAUCGAAUCAACAACAUUAAACUGAUUCAACCAUCGUCGGUUGCAUUUUAGAUAUAUAAACAUUCGAAUGCGAAAUCAGAUCAUAAUAACGCGUGUUGGUUGAACGGAAGCACUAUUAGAGACAAAGUAUUAUUAUUGCGCGAAUUUUUGAAGAGAACAUUUUGUAUCUUGCGGUUGCAUGGGUUCGAAACGAUGCACUGAAACAGAAUCAAUUUUGAUCAUAAAUCUAUGAAAUCCGUUAUCGAUUGUUUUGUGUGAGUUUAAAAAGUUGGAACGAAAAGUAAAAAUUUUUGCAAAAUGUUUUCCAGUCGAAAAGCAUUUAUUGUUAUCUGUGUGGCACUGAAUAUUGUCGACUUGAAUUGUGAUAAAAAACUCUGGUCGUCCAGUUACGGACCAAAUUUCGAUCCAGACUUUCCACAAUUUACCCCGUUCAGUAGUGAUCAGUUUAUAAAUGUUGAGAGUGAUGUCAGUGUGUCCGGAAACAGUGAUCCAGCAGAUGAUCAUACAGUAGACAGUACACCAGUGAAAUCAUCGGCAAUCGUCGAUCAGGAACAACCAAACGGUGAGCCACAAUAUUUCUACACCGACAAAGUGGUGCAUCCAAUGAGAAAAGGCCAGUUCAGUGAACGGAUACAGCCGUUGAAAAAUUUCGUUAUGGGAUUGUAUCAGAAUUAUCGGAGCACGUAUUUGGAUAACAAGACAAUGUACGAGGUCACACCGAAAAUGAAGGACAUUGAGAAUAAACUGGAGGAUGUGGAGGUGAAAGACGAACCGACGAAAAUCAAAAAGAAAACGAAAAAGAAGUCAAAGAAACCGAAAUUUGGUGACGAAGUUCGAUACAAUGUUGGCCCUGGCGUAAACGUUUCCCUAGACCAUGACAAGGAGUUGGUCAACGUAUAUUUGGAUGAAGAUUGCUUGAAGGACGUAUUCACUGGACGAGGCAAAAAGUACGACUUGAUAUCAAAGAUUUUGCCGCUAUUCAUAUUGCCGUUUUUAAUUCAAUCCGCCAUCGUACCGUUUGUUGUUUCAACACUUAAACUGUUGCUCGUCAAAUCGAUUGUGGUCGGAAAGAUUGCAAUAUUUUUGCUGAUUGUGUCGGCUUUUAAAAAUCACGGCAAGUACAGUUUCGACGCACCGCCGGCUUAUUAUGUUGAUCCGCCCAGCAGACGGUCGGAAGCAACGGCUGGAUACCGUGUGGAAGGAAAGCCAACGACUUGGGUGACAUAAUUUAGUUUUUUUAGCAUUAGUUUUGUGAACGUCCUCCUUUAUUUACAUAAUUUAGAUACAUUAUCUACUUCGACCUAGAUGCUAAUUUAUGCUUUGUUCAAUAAAGACUUAAUAUAUUUAUAACUUUA